AUGAACCCAACCUUGCCACUUGUAGCCGAACUGCACUCGCGAGGUGUGGCCGUGACUUAUUUUGUUGCACCUCAGAUGCGGGAGGUAGUGGAGGCAGCGGGAGCAGCCUGGAAACCCAUGGGGGGCUUGCAUGCCCUCACCGAGGAGCAGAAAGCGAAGUAUGUGCCCGAGGGUAUGCCUCCGGAGGAGUACGGCUUCCCCAUUAUCUCCAUGCCCGUUGCGGCGGCACAACUGCCCGAGCUGAUCUCCGAGCUGAAAGGCCUCAGCCUACCAGCCACGGCCAUCGUGUACGACCCUUUCCUACCACAAGGCUUUGUGGCUGCGCGAGUCUUGGGCAUUCCUGCUGUCAGCACCAUGACGAUGCCCGGUCCGGGUGUCGUCGCCCGACCGGCACCAGUGACUGCGAAGUGGGAGUCCAACGAGGUGGUCCGCCGGGCCCGCCAGGAGAUCCAGGACGUCCACGGCGUGGACGUUUUUGAAUGCGGUGGGCUGAUGGAGUUCUACUCCGCACAGUGCACCAUUGUCACUACCAUAGACGAGCUUUUCGCACCGCCGGCACCGGGCAUGCAGCAUGAACGAUUCGGUAACUUCCCCUUCACAUGCGUGGGACCCCUACUGGAUGCGAAGGUGAAGAGGGUUUCUCAUCCCUCUGUUUGCGAUGCUGAGCCGAAGCCGUGCAACGGCGUGCCCUGGGAUCUUAUCGACGGUGCUCUCGCUGCAUCAAAGCGCCUUGUACUGAUCUCACUGGGCACUGUCGCAAACUCCAGUAAAUGGGACAAGAAGCUGGGUGCCCAGGCACUCAGCAACGGCUUGGAGAAUUGCACGGGCAAGGAGAUCAUUCAGUACGUCUUCCGCACGGCUUUCGAGGCACUAAAGGGAGAGGAGGACCUCCUCGUUGUUUUGGUUGUGGGCUGUCAGCCGGAUGUGCUUGAUGGCCUGCCCACUCCACCUUCGAAUUUCAUCAUUCAAGAGGCUGUGCCACAGCUUGAACUUCUUCCCAAGUGCCACGCCUUCCUUUCGCAUUGUGGUGCGAACAGCAUGCACGAGGCGCUAAGCUUCGGAGUCCCCUUGGUUUGCGUGCCGCUUUGGGGAGACCAGGUGCUGAAUAGCCAGUCCAUCGCCCGAGCGGGUGCCGGGAUGGCUUUCGUGUCGCCUUUGCAGACAUUGACGGAAGGUGCUCUGCGCUCAUCGAUCCGGCAGCUCCUGGCAGGCGACAGCAGCUUCCGCCAGGCGGCCCAAAACCUCAGCAAACAGAUGCAGUCGGCAGGGGGUGUCAAGCGCGCUGCCGAUGUGAUUUUGGAGACUGCCAUGGCGCAAUCCGUGAUUGCAGGUGCCUAG